GGAAGAUACGAACUUUCGAGUUAGGAAGACGAUCCAUUUCGAACGUUGGACAUACCGGUUGGUGAUUAGUAGUGCCCUUCUCGUUGGAAUCGAACAUCGUUGGCCGUCGGUCUUGAAGGCCCGUUCCACGUCAGCAACCAAGAGCAGCCUCCAAUAUGGUCCACUUAUUCCAUAGGUCCAAGAACCAUACCAGGCAACCGGAUCCCAAACAACCGGAGCCAACACUGACACCGGUCCAAGAAAAGCCAGUGCCAGAGGAUCGGGAUUCGGUCUCGUCCGCAGAACGCGUUGUUCACGAUGCCACAAGGCGAUCCAACCCUGGAAACCCAGUGCUGGGCAGUAUGCCUGCGUCUGAGGAAGACUUUCCAGACUUCCCAGAACCCGAGAUCUCCGCGAUAUCACUCGAGGGCAAGCAUGGCGCGAAGAUCCACUACACGUACUACCCGGCUUCUUCUGCGUCCAAAAUGGGUCACCCGAACCCUUUCGCGCAGUCGCUUAUCGUCUUCCUCAAUGGGCUGAUGCUACCCCGAAGUUCCUGGGAUCAGAGCAUAAACGCCUUCUUGGAAAAGCGGGUUAAGGCAGGCCUUCCCUACCCUGCUCUGCUAAGCUAUGACCGCUUCGGCCAAGGAGACUCAGACCGCGACCCCAACGACCAAGAACCUCCACCCAGCCAUGGACACGACGCAAUGUCUGCGGUUCGCGAUCUGAAGCAAUUCACUCUACAGAUCUGGAAGGAGCAUCUGGAAAGAUCGAACCCAUCCCAGUUUCCCUGCCUGGUCUUCGUAUGCAACAGCAUUGGAUGCGCCAUCGCACGACUGUUCGCCCAGACAUACCCCGGGACUGUUGUUGGCAUGUUGUUCCUCGAUAGUAUCAUGGCCAAUUCCGACUACACCAAAAUGUGGCCAGAUCCCGACGCUCCUGGUUUCGACCCACACUCUUUGCCUGGCGAUGUGACAGCGGACGAAGUGCGAGACACGAGAGAAAAGUACAAGAAGAUGUUUCAUCCCGAUGUAGCGAACAUGGAGGGUUUGUCGAGACGAAAUUUGGCAACAUUGCUGCCACAUGCCAACGGGCCUAGACUGGAAGGCUGGGGCGGCACGGGGCCGUACCUUACGAUCGUAGGGCACGAUUGGGAGACGUUUGCCGAGCAAUCGUCUAACUUCCCCAACAAAGACCAAGGCUCCCUCCACAUACCGAAGAUCCUGACAAUGACAUAUGCAAAUCCAGUAUGGCAAGCCUACAACUCAGACCUCACGCGCAUCACCGACGAAGGGAAAGCCAUCGGCCCGCUCAUAGCAAUCAACUGUGGGCACUUUAUUCAAAAGGAUAGUCCCAAGUUUGUGAGCGAGGAGCUGAUCUCGUUACUUGAUCGAGUCGUCAACCGAGUCGAGCAAGUCAGUGAACGGACGCCUGAGAUCAGGAGAGAGAUGAUCCGUCACAGCACAGACUAUGGCUUCUACAAGCAGAACUCGAACGAGUAUUCGUACUAUGGCGGUGAGAUAUAAUAUUUGUGUGGGUAGUGGAUCUCUAUGGUUCCCCAGCGGUGCUGUCAGGAUCAAGUUAUUGUAUACCCCAACGCCAAACGCAGACAUGAUGUACAAAUGCCAGUAAGAAACAUGCUGUGGUAGAGCAUUGGUGUGGCGUCAGCUUGCAGACGAUCGAUAUUAUAACCGCGCUAAAUU